AUGAGUAAACAUCCCACCGUGGUGUUUCGCAAUGUGGGGCAACUGUACUUCCCCCAAAGCCGGGUGGAGUGCCACUACAGUCUGACCUCGGAGCAUCGGUGGAGCAGCAGGGACUGGAUAGGGAUCUUUGAGAUGGGCUGGUCCUCUGUCAAACACUACCACACCUACUCAUGGGCUCUUGUCCCUGAAGGGUACAUGGAGGGAACUUAUGUCAACCACUGUGCACUUUUCCAAGCGACCUACCUGCCUCGGCCCAGUGCUGUGGAGUACCAGUUCGUGUACGUGAACAAGGUGGGAAAGGUGUGCGGCCGAAGCCGUCCCUUCAUUUUCUGCGCGCCCAAGCCCCUGGAGGAGCUGGAGACUCUCAGGGAGGAACAAGAUGAGGAAGACGGAGAAGAGGAGCUGUUGCUGGUCAUCCCCAGGGCUCAGCUCCUGCAGAGUCGGCUGGAGGAAUGCCUGAAAAAGCAGGGGGAUUUACAGCGAGCUUUGGAUGUGGCCAGAAAGAAGAUAGAGGAUGAAAAGGAAAUGAGCAAAGCAGCAAGGAUGCAAUGGGAGAGGGAAAGAGAUGCAACGAAGGAGGAGAUCACGGAACUCAGAGGUAACCUGAGACACAGCUGCAAGAUGCUGCAGAGGAUGGAGGAAACGCACAAGGAUGGAACAUACAGUCAGGAGAAUAUGUCCUCAGAACUGAGUAAACUCCUGGCCGAAAAGGCCGAAAAUCAGCAGCAAAUCCAAGACUUGGAGAAGAACGUCAAAGCCCUGGCUGACAAAGAAAUAGAAGCAAACAGUGAACUGGAGAGGCUGAAAGAGAGAGUGAAGAAAAUGACCAGUCAAAUGAAACACGACGAGGAAAAGCGGAAGUCUCUGCAGGGGGAGAUUGAGGCGUCCCUGGGGGAGGUGCGCGGGCUGCAGGAGCGCCUGGAGGCCGGGGACCACGUGGCAGAGUCCCUGCGUCGAGAGCUGAGGGAGCUGGGCAGCCGACAGAGCCACACCCACGCCGAGCUGCACCAGGCCCGGCUGCAGGUGGCCCAGCUCACCCUGCAGAUGUCCGACGUGGACCUGAUCCUCAGGGAGGAGCGGGCCAACUCCGCCCUGGAGAGGGAGGCCUCCAGGCACGCAGCAGAGAUCGAUAAAAAGAAAAUCCAGGACCUGACAGGUGAGCUGCAGAGGAAGGAGGAAUGGCUCCUGGAGGAGAGGACGGAAAGGGACAACCUGGAGGCAGAGCUCGGACGAGAGAAAGUGCAGCUGAGCCACGCCAACAAGGAGCUGCACCAGCUGAGGGCCACUCUGAGAACGCUCCAGGAGGAGAGAGAAGGGGAACAAACAGAGAAGCAGGCACGUUUUCCUUAA